GAUAGGAGCGGGAAUGUUGGCGUUGAAGUAAGUAAGCUGAGGUCAGAGGAAUCAGUGUGACUGGGCAUGCAGUGUCAUCAUUGUCGGAUGCAAUAUGGUAGUAGCAAUCCGCACUUUCUGCGAUCGGCUGUUGACAUGUUGGGUGUAAGUGUUAUCGCCGGAGAGUGGAGCCGAUUUGUCGGGUGAUGGGCGGGCGAGGCGGGCCUGGCGGUCGUGGUGAUGUAAAUACAUACGGAAGUUCACAUAACCCUAACCCCAUCGGCACGUUCGACAUGGCGACGAUGCCCGAGAUUUCAAAAUCUUGUGGACCGGUGUUUCUUCUGGGACCGUGUUCCAAUCGGUUGAGACAACGGAAAACAACAGCAAGGGAUCCGGUGCCGACAACAAUGAACUUUAGGGCCAAGACGGGUAGCUGGGAUAUACUGGCGUCGGUUGGGUUCUGGAAAAAGGGGUUAUCACAGCUGGCAAGGGGCUGGCUGCCCUUGGCUGGGGACAUUGUUCUUUUUCUUCCAGACAGAACACGGAUAGGGAAAUGGAACCCCUCUUCUUGCUUGGCAUCCUUGGCGGGCGGUGCUAAACUGAAAAAGGCUGGAGGAUCAGCGAUGAUUAUUUUGCUUUAUAGGGGUGCCCAGCAGAGGACGUGGGCAUCAACUUGGGCACCGGCCCGGCGCCUAGCACAGACGGGGCUCUUGUCGUUUCCACAUCCAAGACUGGAUCCCAAUUGGCGUCACAACGACGGGAACCCCUGUCAACCCUGUCCACCAGCCUGGACGCUCGCUGGUUUUAGCGGCUCGCUCCCGAGUCCCAACCUUCCGGUCCAUCCCAAGCAAUCCUACAGCACUUUCACGCUUCACCUCAUCUUCACUCUGCGAUCCAAACCACACUUUCCCGUCCGACCCGACGACCCAAACUAUUCCUAACUCCCAUCGCCAACCCGACUCAACAAUCCCAUUCUUCCGGAACAGGACAGUUUCUCAACACAUUCCGCGCAAACACCGGGCAGCCCGAACCAACUGUCCCGCCCGGUCUCGUGUCCUCGCGCGACACAAUGUCGGGAACAAUGAGCAAGCGCCAACAGGCGCGCAACGAAAAGGUUCUCCACGAACUCGCCCAAGCUCCCGGCAACAAUGUUUGUGCCGACUGUUCGGCACGGAAUCCAUCCUGGGCAUCAUGGAGCGUACGUCUACAUAUUCCCCCCUGGCCACAUGAUCUUUCCGCGC